AAUGUGGAGAAGGUGAAACCGAGGAAUCGAUUCAGCCUUGAUCCUUGCUGCCUCUCAGGCGCGGUAACGUCGUGCGGAUGGGGGAGGGGGUACUCGGCGGCCCGCCGUUUCCGUGCAGGCCCCGCCCCCUUACCCUCACCUCGGAAGUGACGUCGGCACUGUACACACACGUGGAGCUAGCGCGCGGUACAGUGCGUGUUGGAGCUCGCGGUUGGGAACGGAGGAGCCGGGGUGUGAAUAGGCCUCGUGUGGUUUGAUUCUUAACGGAAGGCUCGUCAGCUCAGAGAUUCAGCUGGGAACAGGGUUCACCAACUCAGAGGUAUAUCACCACAUCUAGGGUUCAUCGCCAGAGAGACACCGAGCAACGGAAUGGCCUCCACAAUGAAGACGAAGUCGAGCCACCACAAGUCUGAAAACAGGUUUCGCUUCCUGACCUUUGCAGAGCGUUUGGCGAAUGUCAACAUCGAUGUGAUCCACAGGAUCGACCGCACGGGCAGCCUCUCUGAGGAGGUGGAGACAUACUUUUACGAAGGACUGCAAAAAUGGAAGGAUCUAAAUGCCACAGAAAAUUUUGGUACAUUUUUACGAGAGGUGAAUGGCUUGUGCCAGUCAUUCCCCCAGCUGGUACACCACCAAAAUGCUGUUGUCCAGGCCCUCAAAGCACACCUACAAGUACCCAACAGCCUGGCCUUACAGCCACUGCUGGAUCUGGUUGUGCAGCUGGCCCGGGACUUGCAGGCAGAUUUCUACCCUCAUUUUCCCGAGUUUUUUUCUAUUGUGACGGGGCUAUUGCAAACGCAGGACACUGACCAGCUGGAGUGGGCCUUUUGCUGCCUCGCCUACCUCUACAAGUACCUGUGGAAGCCCCUCAUUCGGGACAUCCAGAAUGUCUACAGUAUGUACAGUACUCUUCUGGCACACAAGAAGGAACACAUCAAAAAUUUUGCAGCCGAGAGCUUCGCCUUUCUGAUGAGAAAGGUUCCUGACCACAGCGCUCUCUUUGAUUGGAUGUUUACCGACCUGGAGCAAAACCCGGACAAGCGCGAUGGGUUGGGUCGCCUGCUGUUUCAGAUGUGCAGGGGGGUCCGCAUGCAGUUCCACUCCUGCGCUGGCAGGGUGCUACCGAUAAUGCUGGAGAAGCUGGGACCCCGAACGAAGGUGGGGCCUCCUCUUCCCUGGGCGGAUGUGAGCCACUCGCUGUGCCAGAUGGUGCAGUGGGUAGGGGACCACAUGCUCAAGGAGCACUGCCCGGUGGUUUGGGACUCCCUGCUGGAUGCUGUUGCAAAGCUAAGCCUAAUGUUGGCUGGAGACGGUGAUGCUGAAGGCUGGGAGCAGAUGGAGAGGCUGCUGGUGGUCAUUCUCACAUUGCUCAAGCACGGGCGUGGAAAGAAGGUCACAGAACCGGAGAAGAUCAGCCUCGUGCUGGUGAGGCUGUUGGAGGGAUUCCAAGUGCCGCACGAGCGUGCAUCCUCGCUGCUCAAGGUGGUGUCCACCCUCCUGCUGGCUGAGCACGCGUUUCUGCCCAGCCACGCCGUGGAGCAACUCCUCCGAGCAGUGUUUGAAAGCAGCUGCAGCCAGGAGACUGUGAUUAAUUUCUGCCUGGAAAUGUUUGACGUGCCAGAUUUUGAGCAGCUCUUUUUGCCUCAACUGCUGCAGUACCUGGAGUGUUCCUUCCUGAAGGGUCAGGAAGACCAAUCAAAUAUGGCUGUGGGCCUCUUGGCCCAUCUUGUGCUAAGGAAAGCCCCACCGCCCACUGAUGGUUCCAUGCCUUUUGAGAAAUAUCCUCUCCUCUUCUUGGGGAAACAGCGAAGGAGCGCCCUGAAGAAGGGAAAGAGUGCGGUGGAGGAGCAGGGGACAUACUUGAAUGUAGCGGAGUACCUGCUGGGGCUGCUGGAGAUGCCAGGUGACGGCUGGGAGGAGCGGCUGCCUCUCCUCUGGGCCACUCUCCUUGUGCUUCCACAUAUUCGCCCACUUGAGAAGAUGUUUGUCAAUGACAUCUCCGAGCUCAUUGAUAAAACAGUAGCUGUGGUCAGAAGCCAAGGCGAGCCAAUAUCAGGGCUUUUGCUGUUUGUGCUGAGGCAGGCUGUCUCGUCGCUGCUCAGCCUGACGGAGGACGUGGAUGUGCUUGCUGUCUUGCCUUGCCCACUGGUCAUCACGCUGGUGCAGCGUUUCCCCAGCGAGCUGUCCGUGCUGCUGCUGGCCGACCUGUGCUACACGAGGCUGGCGCUGACAGGGCAGCACCACCUGCUCUCAGCACAGCAUCUGCUGGAGAUAUUUCCUCCGCUUGAGAAAAAUCUCUCCUCCUCCUGUGCAAGGGUGCGUCUGCUGACCCUAAGAAUACUAAAUAAUUUUGAAGUAAAUCUUCACAAGGUUGAUGAGGAGGCGUCGAAGCAGACAAGCGUGUUUGAGAUCUGCCUGCGAGCAGAGCUGGUGGAGCCCACGUUGCCGGAAUACCGUGAGAAGCUGCUGCAUAUGCGCAAGCUCCGCUACGACCUGCUGUCAGACUGCAUCCCGGAGGGACCCUACCAACAGGUGGCGUUGCGGUAUUUGAUUGGGAUUCUGUACAUUAACUUCAGCAUGCUCUGGGAUCCAGCUGUGGAACUCAUCAGUUCGCAUGCUCGGGAAAUGAAAAGCAAGGCAUUUUGGGAGGUAUUUGAGGAGCAGCUGGAACUUGCAGCCUCUCAGAAUGAGAGAAUAUUACGCGAAAGUCUGAACAAUGAUUAUGAAACAGAGGAUGUAGCUGUUGGACCAAACGGAGCUUCUGGCAGCAUUGAACGUCUGUGCUGGCAGCAGAAGCUGGCGCUCACAGUGUCCCCCGAGCGGCAAGAUCAUGUGAACUUCCGCCUGCAUCUCUGGAAGGCCAUGGCUGAUUUUCCGGAGAGGGUGGAGCCACAUUCUCGAGAUCUCUCGCCUUUGCUACUCCGCUUUAUCAGCCAGGAAUACUUCCCAGCAGAUCUCCUCGUAGCUCCCACCGAAAAUCUGCGCAAGAAGGGCUGUGCGAGUACCCCGACGGAGGAGGAGUCGGCAGAAACAUCUGCCGCGUGGAAGGGCGAGAGCGAUGAUGAGGAGGAGGAUGAAAAGGAUGAAGAGGCUCAACAAGUGCAGCAGAAGAGGAAGUCUUUCAGAAAAAAGCCAAGGCGUGCGGCUGUCAGAGAGCUGGUGGCCCAUCUCAAAGUAUUUUCCAAGUUCAGCAAUCCGAGGGCCCUCUACCUGGAGUCCAAGCUUCGUGAUCUUUACUACCAGUUGCUGUGCCAUCGGGACCAGGAUGUUCAGAAGGUGGUUCUCGCGUGCUUGCUGACCUACAAACCCAAGUAUCUCUUGCCCUACAGAGAGAGACUGGAACGGCUCUUGGAGGACCGCUACUUCAAGGACGAGAUUGUGCACUUCAGCGUGUCGGAGGAAGCUGGCCUCGUGAAGGCUGACGACCGCGCUGAGCUCAUGCCUGUUCUAUUGAGGAUCCUGUACGGGCGCAUGAUGAGCAAGACGGGGAACCGCACGCAGGGCCGCGCUGGGGCCACCACGCGCAUGUCCAUCGUGCUGCGCUUCCUGGCCAGCUCGCUGCCCGAGGAGAUGCACAUGUUUGUGCGCCUCCUCUUGGAGCCUGUCGCCACUUUCAUGGAGGGCUCGUGCGAGCAUGCAGUGACACGUACUCUGCAGGAGCUGGAGCUGGGCUCCGUGAUUCCCCUGGGCCGGCAGCACGGCAUUCUCAACACGGUCGACACGCUCAUGGCCAACGUGGGCCACCUGCUCCAUGGCCACCUGUCACAGCUGCUGCAGAUCCUUCUGUGCAUGGUGGCAGCCUUUUCGCACAUUCUGGAUCAGCGCGAUCAGGUGCAACCACGCUCAGUCGCGCUCGUGAAGCGGCUGCGACGCCUGGGCCAGGAUAGCCUCCUGCACUUUUUUGAAGACAACGAUGCGUACGCGUUCUCUGCUGGCGAGCUGGAGGCAGUCUUCCAGGCACUCUUCUGGCCCCUGAUUACUCGCCUGUCCACAGAAAGUCAGUACUCCCCUACGCCGCUACUCAAACUUGUACAAAUGUGGAGCCAGAUUCCAAGGUUCAUCCCACUCUUAGCCAAGGAGCACCCAGAGCGUCCCGAGUGCAGUGUGCUGCCCAACGUGUAUGCACUGCUUAAAGCCAAGAAUCUGAGCCCAGCCACGGCCCAGUGCGUACUCGACAUUGCCGAGAACCUGCUGACCGUGCCUGACCCAGAGUCCACAGAGACGGACUCAGCGCUGUCUACGCAGGGCUGCGUGCUCCCCGCAUCUGCCAGUCUCCCCGAUGGGACACGGCUGCAGCUGGGCACACGGCUGCUAUUACCACACGUAACGGGCAUCCUCCAGUACCUGGCGGGCGUCGUCAAGGACCGUGACAAGAUGAACAGCAAAAAAUUCCACGAUCAAGUUUCCAAGAACCUCAACAUUUUGUCUCGAGUGAGCAAGUUCGUGGUGAACGAGGAGCAGAGCUCUCUGCUCAUCGGUCUGCUCGUGCCCUACCUCUCCAAAGCCAACCUUGGACAGGACAUGGAGGUGGACAUCCUGGAGACAAUCAUGAACCUAUUGAAACGCGUUUCUGUUCCUGGGAGUUACCUCAAGCCUCUGGCAUGUCUCCUGUCAUGCCUCCAAAACAAGCUCUCUCGACAGGCCCUCUCUGCCGUCUUCCAGACCCUUGGGGAACUGGACAAUACAGUCACAUACAUCACAGAUGUCAUUGUAAAGAUGAAUGCCUUUGAUCGCAGGCAUCUCGACGAUAUCAAUUUUGACAUCCGCCUCGAGGCAUUCCAGGCGGCCACAAAGUACGUGGCUGGCAUGGAGAAGGUGGACAGCGACUAUCUGCUGCCACUCCUGCACAACUGCUUCUACUCCAUACAGCUGACUGAAAUGGCCCUCUCCGACAACGCCAGCUUGUGCCUCGCGACGGUGGUGCAGCGCUUGUCGAUCAUCUCGCAUACGGAGGAGGAAUUCCGAGAGGUCAUCACCCGCACGCUGCUCGUUGCUGUGCGGCGCGGUCUCAAGUCCCAGACGCAGAAUGUGCUGCACGAGUAUGUGGGCCUGCUACGCUGCCUGGUGCACAUGUUCCCACACCGUGUCGAGUUCCAAGACCUUGUGACACUCACUGAUCCGGACCCUGAGGCGGACUUCUUUGAGAACAUGCGUCACAUCCAGGUGUACCGGCGGGCACGUGCACUGAAGCGCGUGGCGAGGCAGCUGCAGGACGGCUCGCUCCGCAUCUGUGCCGCUGCGCUGCAGAGCUUCAUAAUGCCCUUUGCCACCACGCCACUCGCCAACCCGAAGUUUUCCAAGCAAGAGAAUGUGGUGGAGGCCUGUGUGGACGCACUGGGGGCCAUCUGCAGGCACCUGCCCUGGAAGCCCUACCUCUACACUCUGCGGCACUACAUUCACCUGCUGCAGACUACACAGUUGGAACUUAAACUGGCGAUCAGCUUGCUGAUAACUGUGUUGGACGCCUUCCACUUUGACCUUGAGACCUUGCAGAGAGAGGCGGAGCAGAGCAUUCGGGAAUCUCCAGCGGCCGCUGUGGAGGCAGCGAUGGAAGUAGAGGAUGUAGACGAUGCGACGCUGCUCGGUGAGGAGGCUGCAUGUGGAGAAGGCGAGGCUGCUGAGCCCAUGGAGGAAGGCAGCACCCAGGCCCUGGGUCUGGGUGGUGAGGUGGCUGGUGAUGCUGCUGCCCCUGCUGCCUCUGCUGUCCGCUCGCACUGCCUGAAUGGGCAGCAGCUUCAAGAGCAGGUGCAGCAGACCAUCACCGCCAACGUGUUACCCAAGCUGCUCGCCUGCCUCGCCACCAGAAGCAAGGCAGAAAUGGACCACAAGGCAGUGCGCACGCGAGGAGUGGACGAGGAGCAGGUGGCUCGCAUCCCGCUCGCGCUCGCCGUGGUCAAGCUGCUGCAAGCCUUGCCAAGCAAAGUCUUGGAGGCAAACUUGCCCAGUGUGGUGCUCAAGGUUUGCUUCAUGCUGAGGAACCGGCUGCAGGAGGUGCGAGAUGUGGCUCGUGGGGUCCUCAUCAAGAUCGCGGAUGCCUUGGGCCCUUCCCAUCUGCCCUAUGUUCUGCAGGAGUUGAAGUCCACGCUCACAAGGGGAUUCCAGCUGCACGUAAUGUCGUUCACAGCACACUAUCUCCUGAAGAGCCUUACGGCCAACAUGCAGCCGGGACAGCUGGAUCCUUGCGUGAACAUCUUCGUUCAGGUGUGUAACGACGAGCUGUUUGGCGAAGUUGCUGAGGAGAAGGAGGUGCAGGGCAUCGUGCGGAAGAGCAUGGAGGCUCGUAGCUGCAAGAGCUACGACACCUAUGAGCUGCUGGGACAGUUUGUGAGCUGCAGCCAUGUUGCCGCCCUUAUCCACCCACUCAAGCAGGUGUUGGAGGGCACGAUGAGCCACAAAGUGGCUCACAAGGUGCAGGAGUGCUUGCGCCGCCUGGUUCUGGGUCUGCUCGAGAACUGCCAGCUCACGGGAGACACCUAUCUCCUGCUGAGUCACGCCAUGAUCACGGACAGUCUGCCCAUCCUCAUCAAGAAAGCCAGUAAGGACCGCGUAGCAGCGCUCUCGGCCCCGAACUCGCGGCCCCCCAGCUGCCUGCUGCUGCCUCCGACCCCAACGCGCGGCGGGGAAAAGGCGGCGGUCAACGCACGCACCAACGUGCACAUCCUGGUGGAGUUUGGCCUGCAGGUUUUGCAUCUGACACUGAAGAGGUCAAAGGUGAAAAUUACUGAGAAGAAAGUCUUGGAAAUGGUGGACCCGUUUGUUUUGCUGCUGUGCGACUGUUUGGACUCCAAACACGUCAAGGUGGUGGCGAGCGCCCUGCGGUGUCUGGCCUGGUCGCUGCGCUGCCCCCUCCCUUCCCUGGGGAGGCUCGCCGACCGCCUCACCAAGCAGCUUUUCCUCCUGCUCAAAAACUAUGCGUGUGCCGGCGCUGCCAAGGGGGACAAUUUCGAGAUGAUCCUUUCCUGCUUCAAGGUGAUGACGGUGCUCGUGCGCCACAUGGAGAAGAGCCAGCUCACGGAGAAGCAGCUGCAGGUGCUGCUGGGGUAUGCGGAAGAGGACAUCCAUGAUUCAUCUCGCCAGGCCACAGCCUUCGGACUCCUUAAGGCCAUUGUCCAGCGACGGCUCAUGGUUCCGGAAAUGCACGAAGUGAUGACGAAAGUUGCGGAGCUGGCCAUCACGGACCAGGCGGAGGCGGUGCGCGUACAGUGCCGGCAGGUGUACCUGACAUUCAUAAUGGAUUACCCCUUGGGGAAGAAGCUUGGUGAACACCUGGAGUUCAUCGUUUCACAGCUCACGUACGAACACGAGUCGGGCCGCGACUCUGCCCUGGAGAUGCUCGUCAGCAUCUUCCAGAGUUUCCCGCAGGAACUGCUGCUUGAGUCGAGUAGUCUGUUCUUCCUGCCACUCGCCCUGAUGCUGGUGAACGACGCCUCGGCACGCUGCCGCAAGAUGGCGGCCUUGGCUGCCCGCACGCUGCUCGCCAAGAUCAGUGCAGAGAAGCGCGACUCACUUUUCUCUCUUGCAACCUCCUGGUUUAAAAGAAAGAAGGUGCCCAUGCGGCAACUGGCAGCGCACGCGUGUGGGCUGUUUGUGGAGGUGGAGGGCGCAGAAUUUGACCGUCGUCUGACAUCGCUGCUGCCCUGCAUAGCGCAAGACCUGCAGCCCAGCAAUCACGAGAAUGUGGAAAAGAAGACGCAGGAAAAUGCUGCCGACCACCUGCUCUUUGCCCUUCUGACGCUUCUGUCCAAGAUCCUAAAGGGUUGCCCUGCGGUCACCUCGGCAACGCACAGGAAAAAUAUGAACACCAUCUGGGCGAGCGUGCAGGCUCACCUGCAGCAGCCGCACUCCUGGGUUCGCCUGGCCGCGUGCCAGCUCUUUGGACUGCUCUUUGCUGCGUGGAAACCCGAAGAACUCGUCGCACAAGCUAAACAACUGGAGACGGCAUCGGCAUCCAAAAAGGACUACAUUGUUCAUGAUUUGAACACCAAGGUGAAGGAGCUUGUCAAAGCAUUUUGCUUCCAACUCCAGUCCAAGUUCCUGAGUCCAGACCUUGGAGAGCAGGUGGUGAAGAAUCUGAUCUUCCUCUCGCGAGUGAUGUACCUGCUGCAUGCCGACUUGACACCACCCACGGCGGUCAGGACAGACUUGCGGACAGACAUGGACAUGGAUGGGGAAGAGGACGGAGCAGAGGAAGGAGAUGGAGGAAAAGAAGCGGAAACCACUGAGAAAAACCAAGCCUGUUUAACCUGGCUUAUGAAGAGGCUGUGCUUCAUGGCCAAGAAGGAGGCUGCCAACACCCCACUAGUGUCCCUGAAGAGAACGUGUGUGUUUAAGUUCUUCGCGGCGAUUGCUUUAGACUUGGGAAAAGAGAAAACAACUCCAUUCCUGGCGAUAAUUCUGAGACCGCUCCACCGUGAGCUGCACAGCACAUACGUGGAGCACGAUCCUACAUUGAAGACCCUGUCUCAGGAGAUCAUCGAGUUGCUGAAGGGUCUGGUGGGGGUGGAGGAGUUCUCACUGGCUUACAGCAGUGUCCAGAAGCAGGCCAACCAGAAGCGCACGGAGCGCAAAGUUCAGCGGGCUCAACAGGCUGUUGCAAAUCCGGAAAUAGCUGCCCGGAGGAAGAUGAAGAAGCACAAGAACAAGGUGGAGGCGCAGAAAAGGAAGUUGGAGGUGCUUCGUCCAGAUUACAAGGCUAAGCGGCAAAAAACCAAGAGCGUGCGUGAGCUUGCUAUUUUGGAGUGAGGCCUUGGCCUCACGGGAGGACAUCUCACUUGCCCCUUGGCGCUAUUUAUGAUGCCUCGGUGAACUCAAGAGUUCUUUGUGUCCCACAAAUGGUGGCCUAGACACUGCAAAAACUGGCAAUUUGGAAGGGUGUGCUUUUAUUCAGAUAGCUUUUUUUUAGAGAAAAUGUAAAAACAAAGUGUGAAACCAGUGAAAGAUUUACGUGCAUUGUUACACGCAUUAGGAAUGAAAUAUGUUCAUGUAAAAUUUAUAUGGAUUUCAUAUGAAUAAUGUGUUUGAACAUUUUGUUUGUAUUGUUAUUACAUUGUUAAUUAUGAACUAGGCCUGUAUUUGUAUUAAAGACAUGUUAAUGC